GCGGAUCGGCCGGCCGCCGGCGCCUGCGAGCUCCCGGCUGCGGGGGAUUCACUUUGCCGCCCUUACGCUUCUCCGUCCUCGCGCUCCCCGGGGCCUCCGGGCGCCGGCCCUCGCCUGGCCUCUCCGCGGAAAACUUGGCCAUUCCCCGUCCCCUAGGAGGAGAGGCUCCAAAGUUCCGAGAACUGGUGCCGCGGCGGGGCUGCGGUCCCACCAUGUGCACCAACAUAGUUUACGAGUGGCUGAGAGCGCUGCAGCUCCCGCAGUACGCCGAGGCCUUCGUGGAUAACGGCUACGACGACCUGGAGGUGUGCAAGCAGAUCGGGGACCCGGACCUGGACGCCAUCGGGGUGCUGGCGCCCGCGCACCGCCGCCGCAUCCUGGAGGCCGUGCGCCGGCUGCGGGAGCAGGACGCCGCCGCCGCCGGCCUCUACUUCACGCUCGAGCCGCAGCCGCCGCCGCCGCCGCCGCCGCCGCCGCCCGCGGUCGCCGUGCCCUCCGGCCGCCGGGGGGAGCCGUGCGGCGGCGCGGCCCCGGGCCCCCGCGGGGACCCCCGCAGCAGGGAGCUGGUGAGCUACCCCAAACUGAAGCUGAAGAUCAUGAUCAGGGAUAAGCUGGUCCGCGACGGCAUCCACCUGAGCAAGCCCCCGUACUCCCGCAAGGUACCAAUGGCUGGCAUCCUAGAGUACUUAAUGAAUUGGCCGAAGUCAUCACAGAACCGCUAGAUAUCAUUUUUGAGAACUCGUGGAGGAUCAUGAGGUGCCUGAAGACUGGAAAUGGGCAUAUUUAGAACCUUCUUUCAAAAAGGGAAAUGGAUGAUGACCCUGGAAAUACUCAUCAGCUUAACUUUUUGCUUGGAAAAAAUCUGGAAUAAUCAACUUAGUAUGCUGGGUAACUAACUUAUGAUAGCUAGAAAUGAGGCAGUGAACCAUCAUACAUAAAGAAGUCCUGAGUUAGGUUUUGAGAUCAGGUCUCCUGCCUAUUUUGGGGAUUCUCCCCUCCAUUCUCUGAAUUCUUGAUAAAAAUAAAUGAGGUUGGCUGAGGCAUUUGGGUGAUAACUAAGUUUAAGUGUCAUAUAAGACAAAAGCAGGUUUCUGGCAUGAGCUCAUCAUUACGUUAUUUCCAUAUGAGCCUUUAACUUGAGAAUUAGUAGCUUUAGUUUUAUAUUUUAACAUCCUUUUUUUUUCACUUCAUAGAGGACCAUGUUCUUAUGGGUUGAGGUAUUUUAUCUAAUUCUAUAUAGAAUGGUUUGGUGACAGAAUUCUUAUUUUAAGGUGCUUUUCAUUGUUAUUUUGUCUAUCGGUAGGAUCAUAAAGCUGAUGAACUGAGGAACAUCACUAAUGGCAAACAGUUUUUUCUGACUUCUCAUUUUUUAUUUAACCUGGCUGAAGGUUAACCUAGCAUUAGGACCAGGAACAGUGUCUUGCUCUCACAGACACUGAGCAGGAACAGCUGUGGAAUGUGAUAGUUCGUUUUCCUUGCUCCCUGGGAACUGCUGUGGCCAGUGCUGUGCCUCAUCCCACCUCACCCCCAGGCUUCUGAUGUCAGGCUUGGGGGGGCGGGGAGGUAAGCAAUGGCAGUGGGCAUUACGGAUCCUGCAGGACCACAGCCCAAAAGGAGGGUGGAAUAGAGUGGGGAAAGGAAGUCACAACAGAUCUGGUGGAUUUCUAAUUCUUACUCUUCUUGCCUUUGGAUGCAGGUAGGGUGUUUUUUUUGUUUUUUUUUUUUGUUUGUUUGUUUGUUUGUUUUUCUGCUUAGAAAACACAGCCUGUCACUUGAUGGGAUGAGCAUUGGGUGUUAUACUAUAUGUUGGCAAAUUGAAUUUAAAUAAAAUAUUUUUUAAAAUAGAGCCCUGUUUAUGGGAUCAAAAACUUAAAGGAAAUUAUCAAAGAAGACCCAGGUAUGUCACAGGCUCCCGGGGCAGGCAGCUUCUGAAAGCCCAUGAGCACAGUCCUGUUACAGAGUCUUUCCUGCACUACUUGGAAGUACACAGGAUCUGUUUAAGUUUACAUCAGCAUUGUGAUGCUCCAGUGUAGGAAACUCUAAGGAGAAGCAAUUUACAUUCAUUUUCUUCCUGGUGCAUGCUGGUCCCUAGGUGAGCAGUUAAGGUCUCCAAGGGCAAUUUUAUCACAAUCCUGCUCUAAAAAUCUGAGGUUUACAUAGUUUAUCUACUUCUAGAGAUUAAUUUAGACACUGUAAAAUCAGUCUCAUUCUUAAAUGCAAACGCAAGGAAAUUAAGCUUGAAAGCAUGUAUAAGUUGUCCUUUAAACUACGUGUAGUUUGCAGAUAAGUAAGGAUUAAACUCCAAUCAACCUUUCAUCAUUUUUUUUUUCCAAGUGAACCAGUCUUUCAAAUUUCCAAGCUAGAUUUUUCUUAAGGAGUGGGAGGUCUGGAUAGAUUACAGAUAUAAUUUAUUGUGAUAAUAAAUGGCUUCCUGUUCAAGACCUCAUUUCCAGGUGCAGCAUCUGUGGCAGAUUUAUUUCACAGAUGUGCAUUUACAUGCAUUUGUUGAACUGUUGCUAGAAAGGACCCACUAUCUGAAAAAUCUAUUAUUUUCACCACUGGCAUUAUAAUGCAAUCCACUGCAACCAAAAAAAGGGGACUCUGGUGAUUUCAGGUUUUAUUUUCUAUUUGUGUAAUGUCUAACCUCAGUGUAAUUGGCUGAAUUUAAAUCUCUUGGUGUCUGCUAUUGGAAUUUGAAAAUAAUGAUCUUCUACCUAAAUUAAGAAUCACAAUCUAAAAUGGUGAAAUAGCCAAUGGACCUGAAAGACUCCUUACCUAAAGCCAGAGAGAGAAAGCUUUAAGCAGAGAAGUGUGAAAGGAACCCCUUGAUUCUUUUCCAUUACAUCAAGGUCAGGUAAGAGUUAGAAUGUAAAAGAAAGGAAGUAGUCUUGCCAUGGAUUGUAUCUGAAGGUAAUUACUCUUAUGAUGAGUAACUUUGGUAGCAUUUUUACAUUUUUAAAUCAUGAUAUCUUUCAUAGAUAAAAGUAAAGGAAAUAGCUAAGGGACAAAUAUAUUAUCAGAGCUAGAGGAGUAUCUUGAUUUGUAUUUCCUAGAACAUUAAGAGACAUUAAUUAGAGACUUUUUACUUCAUAACAUUGAGGAAGUUGGAGGGGUAUAGCAAAAUUUUUGUUCUGUUCAUCUUAUAACAGAGUGCUGGGGGAUGAAGAAAGAAAGAUUUUGUUUACAUAAAAUAUUUCUUGGUUCAGGGGAAUGCAAGGGCUCCUUCCCACCAAAGGAAUUGAAGCAAAUUAGAAUAGCUGUAUUCAAGUGGUUUCUCAAUCUCGAGAAAUUUCCAGCAUCUUGGUAUUGUGAAAUCAACAAUAUAGACAGUAAGCCUUGAGUUUUGACUUUGGAGUUCCUCGGAUCUUCAUUCAAAUUUUGGAAUCAUUUUGAUUGCCUCUUCAGGUGGUGAAUCUGUUUAGAACAUAAGCUAUAGUGUAGCAUGGGGAGUGGUGUCUUGAACAGUUGUUGAACUCAUCAAAAGCCUUUUAUACUUCUCCAUAAGACGAGAAAAAUAAAUAACUGCUAUAGUUCUGCAUCAAACAGCCUCAGAGUUCUUGGCCUUGUGCUUGACACAUAGUAAGUGCUAAGUGCCUUCCUCCCUCCUUUCUUUAUUGGGACCUUCCUUCUUUCCUCUUACAUGAAAGAGAUCACCUUAAAACUGACUAGAAAAACUCAAGCAUAAAUUGACAUGUUCUUACUGCUGCCUUAAACCCACUAAAUAAAGCCCCUUUGCUUUCUUUUAGAAAGGAAUAGAAAGGUUACAGUGGCCACUCACAGCAGGAGUGAACUAAAUGUUUAUUGAUUGAAUGAAAGGAAUGUGAUUUUUAAAAACAAUGAGCAAAUGUGUAAGGCCAGCACUUCUCAAGGCUGAGGAAAUGGUCACAUAGAUACAUAUGAAGGUAUUUCUUCAACUGUCUUCUUUUUUAUAGCUUUAGAUAUGUAAGUUUGGUAUACGAAUUAGUGGAUAGUAUAUGUGCAUUUUCCUUUGAUUUUAUGACUGUGAUUUACAAAUUAGGAGUGCAAGUGGGCAUUCCCCCAUAGAUUCUUCUGGGAUAAAUCCAGCCAAGAUACCAAGCAGAUGAUGGUGGAUCAGCGAACUUUUCUAUGUGAAGAAAAGCCAGAUGUACCAUUGCCUAGGAAGCACCCUGCCAGAAAACUGAGAUGAGCUUAUCUGGAUUGUUCUCUGCAGUGUGAAGAGUCUGAGCACUGUAAACAGGUUCCUUGUGUGGGCAUUGGAGAAUAAAAAAAAAAAAAAAAAACAAGAGGUUAAAUAAAAUUGCAUUUUUAGAUGAAAUAUUUGAUUUAUAUAAAUUUUUACAUGUAAUAUUAAAUUACAUAUCAAAACAUCAUGUUCAGGUAGGAGAUUUCUGAAUUCAAAGUAAAUAAAGGAGAAAGAGUAAAAUAUAAUGUCCAGAGAUGUAUACAAGAAAUGAGCAAGAGCCUGACCUGAAAUUGCCAAUUCUGUAUUCAGAUCAAGGGCCAAUCAAGUUCAGGGAAUGCUCAGAAGUCAGCUGACAGCUUGUGCUUUGAAUAAAGGUGUAAGAAAUGUAUUAAACAAAAUAUGUUGUGCAGAGCAAAGCAAAUCAGCCAGGUUUUCUCUUUUAGAAUUUUUAAUUUUUCUCUUAGCAAUCCCAGUGGCCAUCAGAUAGUCCUACAUCAGAUGUUUUACACUUGCAGUUUCUUUGAUUGGAAAAAUACUCUUCCCCCGCCCCCCAACAAAAAGGAAAAAUACUCUUUAGCUUCAUAGUAGGAAUCUCCAAAGAUAUAAAAUCAAAUUUCUACUCCAUGAUCAUUGUUUUAGAUAUAUCCAUGAAAGGAAAAAAAAAAAAAAGUAGUUCAGAAAAAUAAAUAACAUAACUUUUUUUAUUUUUGGCUUCCCAACAGAUAUUUUCCUUUAAAUUGUUUAAAUGCCUGGCAGUGAAAUUUUGUUUUUUAUUAUUGCUGUUAAAAGAUGACUUUUAGAGGAAAAUGGGAAGUUUCAUUCCACAUUAAGAACUGGGUGAUGUGGUUGUUUUAUUUUGUUUUGUUUUAUUUUACAAUUUGGCCAAAAUUUCUUCCACUGGAACAAAAGGAAGUAAGUCAGCUUUUCAAAUUUAAGAUGAGAAGUGUCUUUUAUAGAUGCAUUCUGUGUCAUGCCCUUUGUCAGAUGAUUUUUUCCUUUAUUACUCCAAAAAUAAAAUGCUGAAUUGAAUAUCUUGAGGGCAAAGUGAUGUGUAGUAAUUGGGACAAAUGGUAGAAAUUCUGUUCCUGUUGUCAUGUUCUCUAAGCUUGACAAUAUUCUGAGAUACUCUGGGUUCCUAAAGCCAUUAUUCACGGAAAAGUUCUACCUUACGGGAAUGUGUGCGUAGGUCCAAAUAACCAAUCUGUGUACCUGCAAGUAGCCGAGCACAGAUUCAUUCUAAAUAAACGCUGCAGUUUAUUUUUUAUUUUUUUGUAAAUGGAAUUGCAACUGACACUUUUCCCCCACUUUCUUAAUUGUUUUUAAAAGGAACUGAGAAGGCUCUAUUUAAAGCUCACUUGGAAUGGCAUUAUGAACCACGGAUUGUAUGCCCAUGCAGCGCUGUGAUUUGCAAACAUAUGUCCGCUCUUCAAUAAAUGUUACGGCUUUCACAGCG